CUAGAACCCACUUAACAUUUUGAUGCUGGAGAGGUAGAUGGCUUAGUGGUUAAAGGUGCUUUGGGACAUCCCAGGUUCUGUUCCCAGAACCCAAGCCGUAGCUUCCCACUGUCUGUAACUAUAGCUCCAGAGGAUCUGACACCCUCUACAGCCUCUAUGGCCCUCAGGCACAUGUGUGGUAUGUCUCUAUCCGACCAGGCAAGAUAUUCAGAUGCAUAAAGUAAAAAGAAAAAUAACUUGUCCAAAGAGGAGAGCUUGGUGUCGCGCACAUUCCCGAUGCCAGUGCUUGGGGUACAGAAAUGGGAGGACAGCAAGUUUGAGGCCAGCUCACACUGUGAGUGAGACUCUGCGUCAAGCAACAGACAAAGUUAAGAGGAUGGCCCAUGAGGAUAAUGAUCCAGGCAUAGAGGCCAGAGCUCUGGGCGGCUCUGUCUGGCACCAUGGUCCUGCGUGCCCUGUGAAACUGGAACAAUACCUGUUGCCUCACUGCCUUGGGGAAUACCUAGCCCUGUGGGAAACUUAUCAAGAAGGGCACUGUUACCAGAUAAACCUUGUCUAAAUCUGCCUGAGUAGGAUUAUGUCGAGUCGAACUCUUACUGGUAAGCCAACUUGCACACCCAGGUUCACUGUGAAAGCUCCUCAGUGUGGGUUUAAGGAACAUUGAGGGGACGGUGGGGGGUGGGUAAGGAGGUUAUUGGAGGAGUCAUUAACUCAGUGGACAGGCAGACAGACAACAGCAUGGCUGUGAGGAAGCCAGAACCCCUAUUGCAGAAGUGGGGCCUCUUCUUGUCCAGUUCUGAGGAUGGGGGAGGUUCGACAGCACAAGCCUGCUGCCAGGGCUCUCGGAUUUCCAGGCAGAAGGCAGGGAAGGGGACUGGAGGCAGGACAUGUGGCCACUAGUGCCCCCCUGGUGUCAGUUCACCUCCCAGGUGAGAGAUCCUGGCACCUGGAAGUCCUUCAGCUAUGGGCUGGCAGGCAGCGUCUCAGUAGGAACCUGUGCUGUCUGUGAGGGGAAGGGCUGUAGCUGGGGCAGCAGCUGGGUUCUGACUUUGUGUUUUACAAUGUCCUUGCUGUGUGUCCUUGGAAAUGUCACUUUCCAUUUCUGUUCAGUUCUCUGGGGCAGUCCGGAAGGUCUUAGUACCACAGGUUAGAAUCAGUGGUCAUAGGAAGCCUCUGGAAGCCACACAAAGGGAAAAUGGCUAAGACUAAUGCAUUAAAAUCUCUUUCUGGGAAACUCUUGUUAGAGCCCAGGAUUGGCUGCAAGGAUUAUGUCAAGCUGAACUCUUACCGGUAAGCCAACUAUGUGGGACAGUGAAACUGACUGGUGGGGUCCUGGUUUUCCUGCAGGCUGGCUGGGCCGGAAGUUUCCAAAGCACCCUCCACGCCCCACCAAACCCUUGCCCCUGUGUGGAUCGUUCUAUGACCCCUCCUAACUCCGCAAGUCAGAGGCCGUGGUUGCCUUCGCUGUGCCCAUGGGCGUUGGGCUUGCUUUCCCAUCCGGGAAGCAUCAGCCCUUGAAGCAUCUCCCAGUGAGGCUGCUUGAGCAGGAGUGGUCUAACAUCCAGUUCCUUCUUCCACCCAAGUCCUCACACUGUCUCUCCAUGGACUCCAGGAGUGAGUCCCAGCUCAGCUAGGUUUGGCUGAGUGACUUUGGCAACUUCCUUGGCCUCUCAGUGUCUGGUCACCUCAGAGAGAUAAAACUGCGCUUGCCCUAGUGAAUGACGGCAGGAGGGAAGUGUCCUGCACUGAGGAGCCCCAAGGACUCUUGCAGCCCCCGGACUUAGGAAGAGCCAGUUCUGUGUCCAGAGGAGUACCUUGUAACUCGAGACAUGUCCACCAUCGCUUCCCCGCUGCCUCUCUCCACCAUCGGUUCUGAGAACAGCAGCUCUGUCUAUGACUACGACUACUUAGACGAUGUGACCAUCUUGGUUUGCAGGAAGGAUGAGGUCUUGUCCUUUGCAAGAGUCUUUCUGCCAAUCAUUUACAGCCUGAUCUUCGUGCUGGGCUUGGCUGGCAACCUCCUUCUCCUGGUGGUGUUGCUCCACUCGGUGCCCCGAAGACGGGUGAUUGAGCUUUACCUGCUGAACCUGGCCAUCUCCAAUCUCUUGUUUGUAGUGACCAUGCCCUUCUGGGCCGUCUCUGUGGCCUGGCACUGGGUUUUCGGCAGUUUCUUGUGCAAGGUGGUGAGCACACUCUACUCUAUUAACUUUUACUGUGGCAUCUUCUUUAUCACCUGUAUGAGCCUGGACAAAUACCUGGAGAUUGUCCAUGCUCAGCCUCACCACAGACCCAAGACCCGGUUCAGGAACCUGCUUCUCAUUGCCAUGGUGUGGAUCACGGCCCUGGCCGUCUCUGUCCCAGAAAUGGUCUUUGUGAAGGUCCAUCAGACCUCAGAUGGUGUGUGGCACUGCUACGCAGAUUUUGGCGGAUACGCGACCAUUUGGAAGCUGUACCUGCGCUUCCAGCAGAACCUUCUGGGAUUUCUCUUCCCACUCUUGGCCAUGAUCUUCUUUUACUCCCGUAUCGGUUGCGUUCUGGUCCGGCUGAGGCCACCGGGCAAGGGCUGGGCUCUGAGGAUGGCUGCAGCAUUGGUGAUAGUCUUCUUCCUGCUGUGGUUCCCGUAUAACCUCACGGUGUUUCUGCACUCGCUACUGGACCUGCAUGUCUUUGGGAACUGUGAGGUCAGCCACCGUCUGGACUAUAUGUUGCAGGUGACAGAGAGCUUGGCCUUCUUCCACUGCUGCUUCACUCCCAUCCUCUAUGCCUUCUCCAGUCGCCGCUUCCGCCAGUACCUGAAGGCGUUCCUGUCUGUGAUGGUGAGAUGGCACCAGGCACCUGGCACCGCCCACGCCCCUCCAUCUGGCCAUUCUGAGAGCAGCGGGGUUACUGCCCAGGAAGAUGUGGUCAGCAUGAAUGACCUUGGGGAGAGGCAGGCUGAGGACUCCCUCAACAAGGGGGAGAUGGGGAAUGAUUAGGCCCGAGUGACCAUGCCAUGGUCCGGGACUGGCACUGCUCUCUCUGAGGGCUGACAUGGCCAUGCUGCUUGCCCUGUGGUUCCCAACCACCAGCAGUCCUUUCUCACUACUUCAUUUUCCUCCGUCCGUAUCCUGAACCCCGUAUUCUCUGCUGAAUCACUGCAUCUAUCCACCCAUCUCGAUUCCAUCCCGGUGCUUCUAUGGCUUUUCCUGGCUUCCAGUAGCCAAUGAGGCCAUGCCCACUCUCAGCCUUCACACCUUCAAGGGCCAUAUGAUCAGUCUGUGACUUCAUCUCCACCGUCCUCCCUCCUAGUCUCUGGGUUCAGGGCACACUGGCUUCCAUUCAUUUCUGGAGAAUUCCAGGUUCAUUCCAGUAGGGGCAGCGGGCUCAGCAAUGCUAUAUCUUCCCGGACAUUUUCCCUCCCAGCCUUUCUCUUUGGGAAGAGUUUGUUUGGCUCAUUCCUUCACUUCUUGGAGUUGUGGCUCAGAUCUCACCUUGUUGGUGAGGGAGGGGGCCCUGACCCUGCCCUGCUUAAUGUCCUAUCUACACAGGGGAUUCUCACACACUUCUGCAUGUACUACUGCAUUCACUCUGCACAGGGGUUUCUCCUGUUGUGUUCCCUGUUGACGGCCUCAAGCCCACCCACACAGGUGAGCCGCAGAGUCAAGCUCUUGGUGAAUGGCUCACUGCUGUCCUCAGACUCUACAACAGACACUUGUGUGUGGCAGGUGUUUAGAAAGCUUCUGUGGAGUGUGAGUACACACUGGGCAUUUCUGGGAGCAGCCACAGGUUCUCCAUCCUCCAGGGCCCCUUUCUCUGUAGCUCAGAUGGGAGCAUACCUUCCUGCCCUGUGUGUGGUCUGAAGGCACUGGAGGCACUCUAGCUAGAGAAUAGCCCAGAGGUGCAUAUCCCACAGGAGGAAGGUGGGGACCAUCCCAGCUCUGGUCUUGGUAUCUGUCAGUCAAAUUAAAAGCUUUAGACUUUACAAAACACGUGCUGGUGAGUGGCAGCCCCUUAACACAUCCUGCUUAAACUGGGUAUCCACCUGUGUCCUAUCUCUCAUCUGAUACACAGAUCAGCUAAAAUUGGAUCAAGGACUCCAACAUAUGACCUGAAGCUUCGAAACCAUCAGAGAAAAAACACAGGGCAACUAAAGACAUCAUCAGAAGCAAGGUCUUUCUGAGCAGAGCACCCACUCAUAGCCAGGGAAUACUCAGAUCACAUGAAAUUAGUCUCCAUGGUACAGGGACAGGGGCAGGAUGAAGAGACAGUUUACAGACAAUUCCACUGGCUUUCACAUAAUGGGGCCCAAUAUUCAAACUGUACAGGGAACAAAAAAGUUAAAGUCAAAUAAUUCAAUAAAAAAAAGUGGGUGAUUGAUCUGAA